UGACCCGAAGAAUGCGUCGAUUGUAACGCCACAUGCGUUUCGCCUUCCAAAGCACACUGGACAUCUCAAGUUCGUCCUAUCGAGUUUCUGCCCUUAUGAAUUGACUAUAUUUGACACAUGGUAACGAGAAACUGCCAGUUUGUGCAACAAGCUGGUUGCUUGCCUCACAAAAACGAGCGGCGUUUUCAGUAGAGCUGCAUGCGAAUGUCUGACGUAGAGGGUCCGGUUUAGCAGUAGUCACGAGCACCCCCGCAAAUGCUAAGCGGAACCACCGUGAGGCAGGGUUCUACGGAUUUGAGAGCUGCGACGCCAUUUACCGAGCAUUCAUUUUCAGUACUCUGAACUCCUUUUCCCGUGAGAAAUCCCCUUUUGUUGGAAGCCAGGUUCUUCCUUACCCGUCUGAUUUCGCGUCACGUCAAGCGUGUCUCUAUAGGAAGCCUCAAACAUACUGCAUCUCUUGUUACGUGGGAAGCUUGCGGGUGUUUGCCCACCACGCGGAAACUGGAGUGAAUGCUUUCCGCCUUGUCUAGCUGUUGUUGACGGGCCGCGAAAAUCAUGACCAUGGAAUCUGUGAGUGGUCCCCCGUUUCUCCCUUCCACUGGAGUAAACGGAUACUCUAAUCAGCCUGGAGUGCAUCAGUCAGCGUCGGCUCCAUCCAGUCCCAUGGCUUGUCCGUCUCAGAAAGGUAGCCAACAGAAAGACCCUGUUUGGCUUAUUGGAGACAGUCGAUUCACCUCUCACGCCGGAGCUCGUGUGAACGUUGAACGACUCUACCCGGGCUAUGUUGUGCACAGUGCAGGUCGGGUGGUAUUUCCUGAUGAAAGUGGCUACCUGACUGCUGAAGCAGGCGCCACGUACGAGCUGAAGGACUGUCUCUCUACUCCUGUUCGCAGUAUGGUUACUGCUUACUCAUCUAUUGCGGCAGGCUCUUGCCUGACCCCAUACUGAGGUGCUUGAGUCCAUUCUUGCCUUUCGUUUGAGAGUCUGGAAAGAACCACUGAGAAGGGUGUGCCGGGCGGUUGAAAUUCGAGAACAACUUGCCUUGUUUUAGCUAUCAGCUGGAAUUCACGGGGAACUCAAAAAAUAGGCGCGUACCCUUCGGUUUCAGUGGCAAAAUUGCACUGGAGAGCUCAGCAUACGCGAGUAUGAAGGGGUGCCUUCAGCGGGGGAAUAUAGCCGUCUCUUUUGCGAAUUUUUCACGCACAGUUUUGGUACGACGCAGUCGUACAAGAGAGAUGCCAACUUUAGAGUCUGAAUGGCGGCUGCGUGUGUAGUUGCGCAACCCACAGUUAGCCUCAAGCUGGCGUUUACCACAGGCAGGAGUGAGGCCAUCCCUCAGGCAUUGGCCACGGUUAUCCGUCAAAGUCUCCUUCAUAGAAGAGCGGCGGUUGGAUGUUGAGACUACUCAGGGAUUUUCCGUGUGAAGAAAUGGUGUAAGGUAAUGGGAGAGGCGCAAACACGCGACCGUGGAAUGAGGCAUUAUUAUGAUUGUCCUUCGAGUUUCGUUUCUCAUUUUCAUGGUGAUAUGCUCAAAUCGCUUUUCGUCUAGUGUCUGUCGAAUUUGAAUUAGCGGCGUCAUCGUUGUAGUAUCAGGAAAAAAAGCUGCACUGGUUUGCAUCCGAUGUCUGUUGAUUGCCAUCAGCAUUCAAUCUCCAGCCUUGAUUCCAUGGUGGGACAAUCAACGGCGAGGGCGAAGACACUGGUUUACGAAAUAGAGGCAGUGAUGGUGCAUGCAUUGCGCUCUGCCCUCGGACUUUCAUGUGUUUGAAUUCUUCCGUACAGAUAGAUGGACAACGCAUGAUCAAACAAACACAUGCGACCGAUAGCACACCCUCGCGUGUACGCGGCGCGUACGUUAUGCCUGUGAGAUAGACGCGGUGUAGCGUUUUAUGACGAAUCCGAAAGUCGCAUGAUCUGUUCGAAUAUGACCGACGAUGCGUUACGAUACUGCAAGGGAGGCACGAGCUAAGCUAAGAUGUUUGCCGUAGAGCUAACCCCGGCCGGCAGUUGACGCUAAAAACGGUGUGAGGCUGAAAUUGGUGCCAUGUAAUGGAUUCCGAGCAGCGUAGUCGUUUGAUUUCGGAGGAAAACAUCACGCGUUUCUUGCGCACUGAAGGCGGACAUGAGCAUUCCUCACUCAGGAAGAAGUCAAGGUAGAGAUGCGGUGGUGAAGCUGUUCCAAUAGCUUUCGCUUCUGAGCGGCGCUCGUGUUCAGACUCGUGCGACCUGGUGUUUGCCCCGACAGAGCAGUGGCAUUUGAAAAAGCUGAAGGUUCGCCUUGAGUCUUUCCUGCAGUCUCGUCUGUGGUCACGUCACCCAAACAGAGGAAGACCGCCUUCUCAAGGUAUUGAGGCCACUUGGGUUUGCUCGGAUUUCCGAAGAUAGUUUUGCAGAGGAAGCAUCAAGUAGAUCUAGCAAGACUCGAAGUAUCUGUGAGAGAACAUCAGCCUCCAGGGAGGCACCGAACAGUCGCCCGAUCACACCUGCAGUGGCGAGGCGCUCGAGCAACGUGCCUUUUUCGGUUGCACAGGCUCGGCAUACGAUUCUCCUACACGUGACUGGUUUUGCCUCAGACUCCACAGGCAACCCGACCACGCCGGCACCCA